GGCGUGUUCGGUUUCGCGACUUGUCAACGUCAAAUUAACCUGAAAACGAAUCAAACUACAGCCCGGGUAGCAAAGAUCAAAACAUAACCUGUCAAUGUCAAACUUGAACUAACCUCAAAAUUAAUUAACUUACACACUUACAGUCUCGGUGGCUAUGACCAUGCAAUUUAUUAAAAUUGUGUUAAAGCAGGGGGUAAUUUCCAAAAAAAUACAUACAAAUAAGUAUCAAAUUUAAGAGAAAAUCCAAUCUAUAGCCUCGGUAGCUAAGACCAAAAAAGUUUCUGUCAAACUUCCAUGAGAAUAGAGCUAACUACAGCCCAGGUGUAAGUCCAAUGAAAAAACGAGAUCUAUUAAUGUCAAACUUAAAAAAAGCAUACUCUACAGUCUUAGUGGCUAAGGCAGACGUGUCAACCUACUGUACAGCCCUCGUAGUAAAGGCCCCAUUUCUUGAAAGUUAGCUUAUGCAGCUAAAACCAAUACAUAACCUAACAAAACCCAAAGUAAACAAAAUCAUGAAACUAAUCCGGAGAAUCGAGCAUGAGUUUCACCUGGGCGGAACCCUAUCCGGAACUCCACAAAAUCUGCACCUUAUUUGAUCUACAGGAGCUCCAGAAGCCCAUAAGGUUCAGCUACAGGCCUUUGAGACCUUACUUACAAAAUGGACCCCAGUGCGGCCUAGUGGCCUUGGCAAUGGUCAUGGGGGAGCCCACCGAGCAGCUUGUGCACACUUUGUUAGAAACAGCUCUGCAAUCUCAGUUCACAUAUAAUGGGGAGCUGUUUAGUGUUGACUAUAUGUACAAUUUGGCAAAAACACACCUAAAGUACAACUCGGUUGCAAUCCAUACUGGACAACUGGAUGAUUAUUUCAUAAAAGAGUUUUUACUGAAAGGGGGUUUUAUGCUGGUACCUUAUGAUACCGAUAAAGACAACUCACCGGGGAUUCACGGAGGGCACAAGGCUCAUUGGUGUGUCAUCUCUGGGGCAGUGGAUACACUCGAUAAUGGAUUUUUUGUUAUUGGCAGACAUGGAAAGGCUAAGAAUGUUGCCAUAUGGGCUUUAGAGGAUCUGGCCAAUAGCAAUCAGCAACUCUUGGAGUUUUCACCCGACAGGAAGCUGCAGGAGAUCAAGUAUAAGUUGCCUGAAGGGGGCAUUGGGGGCCCCAAGGGGCUUAAUGGAAGAAGUGUUUUGAUUUCAUGACAAAUUCCUUGUGUACAUAUUUAUUUUGAUAUAAAAUUUAUAGAGUUGAAAAAAAAUAAUUUACAUUUUAUU